CUAGAAGGAGAUGAAUAGAAUAUGUGAAUCACCACCUGAGCCGGAGUAGUGGAUAAAUUCUAAAUUAAACUUUGUCAAAAUUGUUAAAUAGAAAAUAAUUCUUUAGUUUAUAGAAAUAAAUUUAAAGGUAAAGUUAUAUCGAAGCGCGUUAGACAUUUCUUAAAACUGAAAUUUUAUGGAAAACGCUAAAAGAAGUCUUGAUUUUGACAUUAGGUAUUAAGCCUAAUUAAAUUUUGUACAAAUUUAUACCAGGACUUGUAAAUUGUGUUUGAUUAUUACAUAAGCUCAUGCCAAACAUGGCUGUUAAAAAGAAGCCAGGAAAAAUUGUGCUGCCUCCAGAAAAUACAUCAAUUACACCCCCUCGAAAUCUGGACAAAAGAACUACUAUUACAAUAGGCGAACGUGUAUUUGAAGUAGAAGCGGAUGAUUUAGAACCGAUAUGUGAAUUAGGAAGAGGUGCUUAUGGUGUUGUUGAAAAAAUGAGACAUCGACCCACAAAAACAAUAAUGGCUGUGAAGAGGAUUCCAGCAAGUUUUAAUAAUGAUGAACAAAAACGGCUUAUAAUGGAUCUCGAUAUUUCAAUGAGAAGCAGUGAUUGUCAGUUUACAGUUCAGUUUUAUGGGGCUUUAUUUAGAGAGGGUGAUGUAUGGAUAUGUAUGGAAGUUAUGGAUACUUCUUUAGAUAAAUUUUAUCCUAAAGUUUACAAUUUAAAUGCAACUAUACCAGAAAAUGUUUUAGGAAAAAUUGCCUUUGCUGUUGUAAGUGCACUUCAUUAUUUGCAUAGUGUUUUGCAUGUUAUUCAUAGAGAUGUUAAACCUUCCAAUAUUUUAAUAAAUCGAAAAGGAGAAGUUAAAAUGUGUGAUUUUGGAAUCUCUGGGUAUUUAGUAGAUUCUGUCGCAAAAACAAUGGAUGCUGGCUGCAAACCUUAUAUGGCACCAGAAAGAAUUAACCCAGAAAGAAAUGCUCAAGGUUAUGAUAUCAGAUCAGAUGUUUGGAGCUUAGGAAUUACACUAAUAGAAUUAGCUUCAGGUACUUUUCCAUAUGACACAUGGAAGACACCAUUUGAGCAACUAAAACAAGUUGUGAAAGAUGAUCCCCCAAGACUUGCCCCAGGGAAAUUUUCUUCAGAAUUCGAAGACUUUAUUUGUCAGUGCCUACAGAAGGACUGUUCAAACCGUCCAAAUUAUGUUCAGUUGUUACAGCAUCCUUUUAUUGUUCGUCAUGCAGAGAUGUUAACAGACAUCAGCUCCUAUAUAUCUCGCAUAUUAGAUGAUUCAGGAGAUGCAAUAGAUGGUAAUUCUGCUAAUGCAGUUCCACAAUGACCACAUCUGUAUAUUAAUAUGAAGAAAAAUUGUAUAUAUACUGAAUCUAUUCAUUAAAUUGCAUUAAGUCACAGGUUUAAUUGCCAGUUAUGUUCAGCUGCUUGUUUGUUGAGAACAAAUUUCUUUAAAUUGUUUUUCUUACUAUAUCAAAAAAAGAAGCAAUUAUUGUUAUAUUUAAUCGUAAAAUUUUAUAUUAUGAAAAGGAUUUAUAUCAAAAGCAGCUGCGUGCUCUGAAUUGAUACUUAAUUAUUGGUACAACAUUGAUUAAAGUGAGUGCAUAAGUUAAAUAAUUUUAAAAUCUGUCAGAAGCAAAUUACUUUUUUAACAGAUGAUCAUGUUAGAAAAAUGUAAUAAUUUUAAAAUUAUUUGUCAUUCAUAUUAAUGAAUAUUUUUUAAUGCAAUUUUAGAUUUUUUUGGAAUGAAUAGUUUAAUAGAGCCUAAAUGCAAAAUUAAAAAUUAUUUCAAAUAU